GGAGCCCGGAGCGGCGGCGGUGCUGGGGCGGCGGCGGCGUGUGGGGAGCGGCGUCUCCGCUGCUGGGCAGGGACGCGCCUCGGCCGCCGGGCGGAGGCGGUUCCGCGCUCGGCGGAAACAAGGAACGGGAAAGGAAGGGAGCGGCGAAAGGAACCGGUAUCGGCGGCCACCAUUAGUGGAGACAGGAGGAGCAGCAGCGGCAGCCGCCGAGGGGGUCUGCGGGCGGAGCGGACCCGGGUGCCGCCGCCGGCAGCGAGCGGGAGCGAACCCGGCGCCUCGCCCCUCUGUUCUGUGGGGCGUCGCCGCUGCCUGCCGGGGCUCCCCCGGAGCCGAGACGAGAUGGAGCAAUUGUCAGAUGAAGAACUUGACCAUGGUGCAGAAGAAGAUAGUGAUAAGGAAGAUCAGGAUCUCGACAAGAUGUUUGGGGCCUGGCUGGGUGAACUGGACAAACUCACACAGAGUUUGGAUGCAGACAAGCCUGUGGCACCAGUGAAGAGGUCACCUCUCCGCCAGGAAACCAAUCUUGCUAACUUCUCAUAUCGCUUCUCCAUGUACAAUUUGAAUGAAGCCCUGAAUCAGGGGGAGACUGUGGAUCUGGAUGCCCUCAUGGCUGAUCUCUGUUCCAUAGAGCAGGAGCUCAGCAGCAUUGGCUCUCAUUCAGCAAACAAUGCUGCAGUGAAACGCCUUGCCACAGAACCCAAAACUCAGAAACCACCUGCUAGUCGACCUUCCACUAAGCACAGCAGCGUGAAAGGAUUGUCCUCCUCUGCUAAGGUGACUAAACCAUCGCAUGCCAACGUGUCUCUGGAUGACAUCACUGCACAGUUAGAGAAGGCCUCCUUGAGCAUGGAUGAAGCAGCCCAGCAGUCUGUUGCAGAAGACACCAAGCCAGUGGUUACUGCCCAGCACAGGAGGACAGCAUCUGCUGGCACAGUGAGCGAUGCUGAGGUGCGCUCCAUUAGUAACUCCUCCCGUUCCAGCGUGACCUCGGCAGCUUCCAGCAUGGACUCCUUGGAUAUCGAUAAGGUGACGAGACCUCAGGAGCUGGACUUGACAUCACAAGGGCAACCAAUCACUGAGGAGGAACAGGCUGCUAAACUGAAAGCUGAGAAGAUCAGGGUUGCAUUAGAGAAGAUUAAAGAAGCACAAGUGAAAAAGUUGGUGAUCAGAGUCCAUAUGUCUGAUGACAGCUCAAAAACAAUGAUGGUGGAUGAGAGGCAAACAGUGAGACAAGUAUUAGACAAUCUGAUGGACAAAUCACAUUGUGGCUACAGUUUAGACUGGUCAUUAGUGGAAACCAUCUCUGAAUUGCAAAUGGAAAGGAUCUUUGAAGAUCAUGAAAAUUUAGUUGAAAAUCUCUUGAACUGGACAAGAGACAGUCAAAACAAACUAAUGUUCGUGGAACGUAUAGAGAAAUACGCACUUUUCAAGAAUCCACAGAACUAUCUUCUGGGGAAGAAAGAAACCUCUGAGAUGGCAGACAGAAAUAAAGAGGUGCUACUAGAGGAAUGUUUCUGUGGAAGUUCUGUAACUGUGCCAGAGAUUGAGGGAGUUUUGUGGCUGAAAGAGGAUGGUAAGAAGUCUUGGAAGAAACGUUACUUCCUUCUUCGGGCUUCUGGAAUCUACUACGUCCCUAAAGGGAAGGCGAAGGUCUCACGGGAUCUUGUGUGCUUUCUACAGCUAGACCAUGUCAGUGUUUACUAUGGACAGGACUAUCGGAACAAAUACAAGGCACCCACAGACUAUUGUUUAGUGCUAAAGCAUCCUCAGAUCCAGAAGAAGUCCCAGUAUAUCAAAUAUCUUUGCUGUGAUGAUGUAAGAACUCUACACCAGUGGAUCAAUGGCAUCCGCAUUGCUAAGUACGGGAAGCAACUAUACAUGAACUAUCAGGAAGCAUUGAAGAGAACAGAAUCAGCAUAUGACUGGACCUCUUUGUCUAGCUCCAGUAUCAAGUCAGGCUCCAGCUCAUCUAGUUUGCCAGAAUCUCAAUCAAAUCAUUCUAAUCAGUCUGACAGUGGAGUUUCUGACACCCAGACAGCUGGACAUGUCCGUUCCCAAAGCAUUGUCAGCUCCAUGUUCUCUGAGGCCUGGAAACGAGGCACUCAACUGGAGGAAUCCAGCAAGGCCCGAGUGGAGCCUGCAAGUCGGCCCUUCGUGUCUGUCGCAGCUCCCGUGUCCCCGCAGACGAAAGCGGUGACGCCCUACACAUCAUCGCAGCCGUCCCCGCCGCUGCCACCGCCCCCGCCCCCGCCCCCUCCUCCCCCGCCGCCGCCGCCGCCGCCGCCCCCGCCCCUGCCCAGCCAGGCCGCCCCGUCCGCGGGCUCGCCCGCCACCAUGUUCGUCAAGUACAGCACCAUCACCCGGCUGCAGAACGCGGCCCAGCACGGCGGCCCUUUUUCCAAAGCCCCGGCUGCACAGCAGGCCCCGCCGCCGCCCCCGCCCUCGGCAAAGCCUCAGAUCCUGGUGCCCCCCAACGGGGUCAUGCCGCCCCCCCCGCCCCCACCGCCGCCCCCCACCCCGGGCUCGGCCAUGGCACAGCUGAAGCCGGCACCUUGUGCCCCCUCUGUGCCACAGUUCACGCCACCACCACCGCCCCCCAAGAUACAUCAGGUUCAACCAAAUAUAAGCCAGGCCGCUGUUUCCAACUCGUUGCCACCACCGCCUCCUCCUGUGCCUGUCCCACCACCACCCCAGGCACCCCCAAAGCCUGUCAUGGCAGCUCUGCCCCCUCAGCCUAGUGGGAAGGCAGCGUCACCGGGGGUCACACACGUCACUCCCCCUGUGACUGCACCCUUGCCACUUGCAAUAAAGAAACAACCAAGUGUCACUUCUCCCCAGGUGCCUCCUCUGCCCCCAGCCCCUCCUGGCCCCAUUCCCCCUGCAACAUUCCCAAAGCAGCAGAGUUUCUCAGUAAAGCCUCCUCCAUCCCCUCAGUCCCCAGUGCCGUCGGUGGUGAAGCAGAUAGUCAGCCAGUUUCCCCCUCCUCCCACGCCACCUGCCACUGAGCCCCAGCCCCUGAAACCCCUUCCACUGAGUGUGGCUCCACAGUCACCUCCAGCAGUGAAGGCAAAGCCCAAAUGGCAGCCUGCUGCUGCUCCUUCACCAGAUUUCCCCCCUCCUCCACCAGAGAGCAGUUUAGUGUUUCCUCCUCCACCUCCUUCCCCAGCUUCCUCUGCAGGUUCUCCCCCGCCUGACAAAUCAGGGUCUCCUGUCAAAAAGGCCGGCAAGACAUCAAGCCCUGGAGGGAAGAAACCACCUCCAACACCUCAACGCAACUCCAGCAUCAAGUCCACAAGCUCCACUGAGUACCAUGAGUCCAAGAGGCCUUCAGUGGACCGCCUUGUCAGCAAAUUUGCACACACCCCAGAGCCGUCAGGAUCUCCUUCCAAGGAGUCAUCACCUCCUCCAGCCCCUCCAAAGCCAGGAAAGCUCAACCUUUCUGGUGUAAGCCUGCCCAUUGUCCUUCCACAAGGUGGGAUCCCAGCCAAGGCUUCUGCUCCGAGUGUGUCUGGAAAGGAACCUGUGGUUGAAUUCCCUUCACCACCAUCCGAUUCAGACUUCCCACCACCACCACCUGAAACAGAUCUUCCUCCCCCUCCAGUAGAAAUUCCAUCUGUGUUUUCAGGCAGCACCUCGCCAAAAGUUGCUGUUGUAAAUCCCCAGCCACAGGUGUGGUCAAAACCAUCUGUGAAAAAAGCCCCACCACCCACACGCCCCAAGCGGAACGACAGCACCCGACUGACACAGGCGGAGGUUGCAGAGCCCCCGGGGUCAGCUGGCCCACAAGUGCCCACCUCCCCCAAGUCCAGCCUUAGCGUUCAGCCGGGAUUCCUGGCAGACCUCAACCGGACGCUGCAGCGGAAAUCCAUCACCCGGCACGGCUCGCUCUCCUCCGCACGGAUGUCCAGAACGGAGCCCACGGCCACCAUGGACGACAUGGCCCUGCCUCCACCCCCGCCAGAGCUGCUGGCUGACCAGCAGAAGACCAGCAGCUUUGGGGGCAGUCAUAUAUCUGGCUAUGCAACGUUACGGAGGGGGCCGCCCCCCGCACCGCCCAAAAGGGAUCAGAACACCAAGCUGUCACGGGACUGGUAGUCAGUCCCCAGGGCCAGUGCUCUCCAUGACUUGUGGGCUGCUCUGUGAUCUGUCAGCCCAUGAUCCCGUGGAGAGGAUGUGGGGACGUGGAUGAUAGCCCCAUUAAAAGAGGUGAUCUCAAACUGCAGCUAUGGCUAAAUGUAAAGACAUUCCCCUUUCAUGGCUAGGUUAAGAAAUAUGGGGGCUUAGGGGUGUUGAUACUUUAUUGGGAAAAGUGGGUGGAGAGGUGUUGGCUUCAUUCUUUAGUUUCUUUUACCCUUCUUAUGAAUUGGACCAAACCCCCAUUUUCUUACUUUUUCUGCAUUUAGGGGAGGGGGAGGGAGAUAAUUUUUUUGUAGUGUCUGUCCACGUGAGACAUGUUUGUGCAUGUAUUAUAAGUGUAGGUAUAUAAUAUAUUGUGAUAUAUUUCGUCGCAAUUAUAGAAGAUAACCAGAAUGUUUUUGUAGAACCGUAUUUAUUGUUUCAGUCAAUAUAUUAUCUGGAAUCGGACUCUAACUGGUCAAAUCUUACCAUAAAGAUGGAGAUGUAGGGGGCACUUUAAAGAAAGGAAAUAAAAAACCCAAACCCACACACUUUCUCAGCAGUUUGUGGUGGGUAAAUUCUGCAAAGCUGAGGUGUUCGGCUGGUAACUGUACAUUGUGCAUUGGUUGAAAAGUACAGAUACAACAUACCAAAACAUUCUGGUCAUAAUACUACUGAAAAUUAGUAUGUUCAGAGGAAAGAAAUAGAUUUUAUAUAUAGUGGGCUGGAGUGAAAUAUAUUUAUACUAUAAAGAGCCUCCCCCUCCUUUCAAAUAGUUUAAAAAUAUACACUGAUAGAAAUUAUUUCAAACUUAUUUGUCCAUUUAGUUAAGUAGGAUAAAUAUAUAUUAUUCCAAACCAUUAUGCAUUCUAACUGAUAAUAGGCUCAACCAUUUGUUUCUAUGGCUCAAGAUGAAUAUAUUUGUGUUAACCCCUUCUGAAAGCUGCCAGGACUCCUGCAAUCGAAAAUCCUGCCAUCCCCCAAGGCUGACCCACACCGAUCCAUGAGCUGUCCGUGUAACUCUUACUCUGAAUGAACAGGUAGGUUUCUGUAGAAAGUGCUGUGUGCUCACACAGGCAUGCACAGUGUCCAGUCUCACCUGGUCUGGGCCUGGUAAAAUGUAGUGUCUUCAUAAAAACAAGCUCUGGAAAUGUGUGAAGAAAGUAUUGUUUGUAAUUGAUUAGGGAUUGUCAGGAAACUUUUCCUUCUGGAAAGAGAGAAGGGAGCAGCAAUUUCAGGACAAGCUAGUGUAGGAAUUCUCUCUCUUUUCUUUGACCUGCCAGAGACUGUGACCAGUGUAUUAACCUGUUUAUUGCAAAGUUGCACUUCUAGCAGUCAAGGAAGAAGACUGGAAAGAAAACAACCUUAAAGAGGCAAUAGCAUUUGCUAGGAAUUUCAUCUAAGGGCCCAUAUGAGUAGAAAAGACUAUUGGUUUGCUUGGUUUUUUGUUAGUCGCUGAUUUACAGUCGGUCAUCACAUCAAGCAUGACAGUCCUUUUUCUUCAGUAGCUACUUCAGUAGCUUGAUUGUACAGUCUUACCCACAUAUUCAGACCUUGUGAUAAGGUAGUGUAAGUGGUCUUAUGUAUCAUUGCACAUUCCUUGCAGGGUGGUGGGAGAACAGCCUUUGUAAAACAACUAAAAUACUGUAACUACCCCAUCUUCAGCUGUUACAGCUUCUCUUGUCAGCAUGGGGGUACUGUCAAUACAUACUGUCAAUAGGCUCAUAGGGCAAAUAAUUUCACUGUUUGCCUACUUUUUCUCCAAAAGCAUGCUUUAAAUGCUUUCUUUUUCCCAAAGAAUGAAACAAAGACAGCAGCUUGACUUGGCAGUAUCCUCACAUUGUUGUUAAACCAAUAUAAACUAAUCUCUCAUUAAAGUAAUUCAGGAGGAUAGAUUUAAAAAAUAUUUUGACAGUGUCCCCCAUUCCUUUUUUUUAUGAAGUUUUUUUUUUUUAAAGUCCAAAUAAUGAAAUAAAUGUCUUUGUGAAUAUUUUAUGAAUAGGAAAAAAAGUUUUGCUAAUUUGAGGUGGAAAUUACACAUUUAUAACUAUAUAGUUUUAAAUAGGUGCAUCAUGAAAAGAUAAAAAUUAGUGGUGCUUUCUGUGCUGAACUGUUUCAUAUGAUUUUUUAAAAAUCUGUUUCAGCACCUCUGGAAAUUGUUUUAAUAUCUCAGACUAGAUUUUUUGAGCAAUAAGCGUAUGUACCAUUAUGUGCAUUUUUAAAGCACUGCUAUGGAAAGGCACUUUUUUGUAUCUUUCAAAUUGUUCACCAAGUUUUAUUUCUACUAUUUUUGUGCUUACAAAGUGUCCUUAAAAGCAUUUGCAUUGUUGAUUUUAAGCAUGCUCAGUGUAGCUGGUGACUGAGGGUUGUUAAGCUAUACUGCAGUUCAUGGGUGCUGUAAUUUUCAUGUUGGUCCUCCCGCUCGCUGCUUUGUGCUGUGUGCAGCUCCUGGGGCUCAGACACACCAGAGGGCAAAAGGUGCUCGCUACAGCCGUAACUGCUAGGCCCUUAGCCAGGACAGGGAAUUGGGCGCGUUCUCCUGCUCCUGGCAAGAUGCACCUGGGCUGAUGAAACAUGCUCCCAGGUGAGAACAGUUAGGGAAUUCUGCUUGCCCCACCUGCUUUUCUUUUCCCCAAGACAGCCUCACUUGGUGUGUGUCAGUUCCAGGCCUUUUACUUUAGUUCAUUCAGUGCAGGUACCUCUGGGCUUUGGACUCGGCACAUCAGUGUUUUGAGUGCAGUUUCUUCAGAGGCCUUUCACCUUUGUUCUCGUUUUCCUGUGCCCACAUUUAUUUCCCCAGUAUCUGUCUCUAGGCAAUUAAUCCAUCCUUACUACUGCAGGCUGCCCACAGCUUGCUGGGAGACAGCUAUGUAACUCCUAAGUCUGCAGCAAAAAGAAUGAAUGUCAACAAAGGUGGCACCCUGUAUUCCUUCUACUUACAGUUUCCUUCCUAAGGCAGCAGUGAUCAGUGAGUGGCUGCUGCUUGCUGUCUCUCAGCUGAGCAUGGAAAUUUGGCUAGUGUGGUUCAGACAACCUGGUUGCCUUUUCAGGUUAUGAGAUAUCCUCCAUUGUAACUUGCUUUUCCAGUAUAUUUACUGGUUUUGUGACAGUGAAUAUUUUCACCUUAUUUUGCAAGUAAGUUGUUUUCCCCCAUGUGCAAUCAUCUCAUAAUUGCACCAUAAUAUUUAUUAAAUCAGAAAAUUAAGGGGCUGAAUUUCAGACACCCAGGAAGGGGCUUCCUGCUACAAACAUGGGCAGUAAUACUUUUUGCAGUUUUAAAAUGGGCAUGUGAUGGCUGAGUGUUCAGACUCCAGACACAAAAGUGCUUUGAUCCCAAAAUACGCAGAGUGUACGGCUGGAGUUGCGUUACAUGAGGCAGAGCACAGGCUGGCCACUUGUUAAGGGGGUGUCAGGGACCCUGCUGCAAGGGCAGCUGAGAGGGCUUAUCUGUGUUUGUUAAUCUUUUCCACAUUUGGUCUUCAUUUCCCCUCUGCUAUGCAGCGUAGCAUCCACCUCUGAGUACCAGAGCCCUGUUCAGCCAGAUGUCUGUGCCUGCAGCCCAGGUGUAGAAAGCAGGGAACUAUUCUCAGACACUUAUAUCACCAUUCGGAUGUUGGGGAGUUGCUUUGAAAGGGAAAACUAGGCUCUUCUAGCAGUACUAAGCUUAGAUGAGAAAUUACUUUUAAAACCUAAAGAAACCACAGGUUCUAAACAAACCAUAGGUAACAUGUUUCAGGUGGCUAUGCUAGGGGUCCUGUUUAGUCUUUUAACACCUGUAGCUGGGAGAGGAAGUUAGGCACAAGUGUCUGAAUAAUUCUCUUAUUUGUUUCCUGUUGCACCCUGCACAGUGGUUUCCUCCUGUGGCAAACCACCCCUGACUGCUCUGACUUGGUAAUGACCUCAAAGCCAAAGAGCUCCUCUCCUGAGCUUACUCUGCAGUUAUUGCAGGGCAACAGUGAGUGACACAUCAGGGAAACAAAGUGCUGGUACCUGGAUUAUUUGCUUUCAGGUCUGAGGGGAGAGGAAGCAGUUUUUUCAACAAGUGCAUUUUAACAUUUACUGUUCUUGGCUUGCACAUUUAAAGGUUUUCUAAUUCCUUCUUUCUGUGCCCUUAGUCAACCAGAUAAAUCAUAUCAGCUCAGAGAUAAAAUGUGGCCAGUUUUCCUCUCAGUUAAUUUUUUUUCCCACAGUUUAAUGAACCAAAAGUGCCAUUUCAACAUCAGAAGGGCAAAAAGAAAUUUUCUGCUUUUUACAGGAAACAGCAUAGAACCAAAUUGUUUUGCUACAGUGGUACUAUUGCAGGUAAAUUUGUUUCUUAUUCAAAAUAAGAUUAUAAGUGGGUCCUAAUAUGAGUAUUAUUUCACCUAGUGUCGUGUUAAAAUCAGUUGCACUCCAGAACAGUAGUACGAAUUCCUGGCAGAAGGUAGUGAGGAUGAAGCCAGAACAUGGGAGUUUGGUUGGUUGCUGGGUUUUUAUUUUCCUUUUAGCAUUACUAAGGUGUAGAUUACAUACUCAGUCACAAGUGCUCCUCAACUGCAGGUGAGUUGUACUACUUUGGGGCCCAUUUGUGGCACCUGGUGUUGAGCUCUGCAUUCAUUCCCUUGCACCACUGGGGCAGACUCCAAACCAGAGAGGAUUUAACACUACAAGGGAUAGUUUCUCUUGGAUUUUUUUCCCACAUGCUGGUGGGGUUUUAAACUUUAUUUUGGAAUUCUGAGUUUGUCUAAGCUGAGUAAUUUUCCUUUCUGAAUUUUCUUUCCUUCAAUUAAAAAAUGCCCAUGAAGACUGACCAAACCAGGGUUUUGUUGUAGGGGCAGCACUCACUAAUACUGUGACACAGGCUUGGUCUAGUUUUGAGCAGUUUAAAACACUAAAUUGCAAAUGAGAUGAAAAACACAUGCUAAUCCAGCACCAUGUAAAUUACUCUAAUUGCUACUAACCAACCACAGGGAAAAGAGUGACUUGGGUAAUGAUCAUUUGGUGCUCUGAGGCACUCGGUAGGGCAAGGACUCAGUGAGCUCUCUGCUCAGCAGAUGGAUCUUGGGUAAAGGUGAGUUAGAGAAGGUAGAAGACUUGGAGGAAAUGAAUGAGAAGGACCUUCAGUACCAGAUUGUGGACACUACCCCCCCUUAUUUAAAUGCUUGAAGGCAACUUGUAUUUUAGGAGAUUUUUGGAAUUCAAACAUUAGCUGCAGUGGAAAAUAAUUUCCUUCCAGCUUUCCCAAGAUGCCAAAGAUGCAUUCUGAGCUAAAUUCCAGGUAUAUAGAUAUGUGUACACCAGUCUCUUUUUGCCAGGGGUCUCAUACUGCUGAUCUCUAGCACAUGUCUGGUGAGAGAACAGGGUGCCACUCAUAGAUGUUGUGUGUCCCUUGCCUUUAACCAACACUGGGAACUGGGUACACACUUGCAAAGGACAGUUUAGCAAAGCUGUGCCCAUGGCACCCUGCUGGCUGAUUUGGUGCAGCACAAUAGCGCUUGUACUUCUAAAAGAAAACCUAAAUGUUUUGUCAUAAGUUGUAAUUGGAAAUCUUAGGCCUCCUAGUGGACUGCAGUGGACCAGAAAUGAACUGGAGCAGCAGUUUGGUCUAUGGCUUACACUAAUUGUUACCAGUCACUGGGAAUAUUCUGUUUAAUACUGGAGAUGCAAGUGUAAGAAGUGUCAUUGCAAUGAUGAUUUGUCUGUGCAGCAAACUUGUGCUGAGUGCUGUAAAUACAUUCAUGUUUACUGCUUUAAAAAGAAAAUUGCACAUUUUAUCUUUCAAUGGGAUUGCCUCCCCUCUUCUUCCCUUUCCAAACAGAAAAAAAAAAUCAAAGCUCUUUUAGACUGAUAGCAUCAUGUUGGGGGGAGCUUUGCCAUAUUAUAAAUAUAUAUAAAUAUAUGUAUAAAUAUACUUUUUUAAGCAUGAGAGAGGACAAAAGAAAUACUACAUUAUAGAGUACCCAAUAUAGAUCAUUAUACAAUGGAAUAUGCACAAUUCAAUAAAGAUGUAGUUAAAUUUAA